AUGUCAACAAGAGCACGAAGAAGACUGAUGAAUGACUUUCGUAAAAUCAAGCAAGAUCCACCGCCCGGAGUUUAUGCCGUGCCUCAAGACGACAAUAUUCUUCGCUGGCAUGCGGUUAUCCUGGGAGCUGAUGGCACACCAUUCGCAGAUGGCAUUUUUAAAUUAGUUAUGGAAUUCACCGAAAACUAUCCCAAUGUUCCUCCUAAGGUCACCUUCGUCACCAGAAUGUUUCACCCCAAUGUUUACGCUGAUGGUGCUAUUUGUCUUGACAUUUUGCAGAAUAUGUGGUCGUCCUCAUAUGAUAUCGGCUCUAUCUUGACUUCCAUCCAGUCUCUACUUGGCGAUCCCAACCCAAACUCCCCUGCUAACACAGUAGCUGCCGAAUUAUUUGAAGAAAACACCCGCGUAUACGAGAUGAAAAUUCGAGAAACAGUUGAGGAAUCCUGGAGAUGUGACGACCCUAUUGAGCCCGUUUAA